AUGACAUCCACUAGUUCACAGACAGAUGAAACAAAAGCCACUCUGGGUUGUGUACAGUUGCCAUUUGGCACAUCUGAUAUUGGUCUUGACGAUAACAGAUUUUCCAAAACUGUGGACAAAAAUGAUAGAAAUGAAUAUGAUCAGGAGCAAGAUACAGAUACUGAAGAAUUCGUACUUGGAGAUACAAAUAGUGAAGACUCAGAAUUCCUGGUUGAAUGUUUCGAUCGCUGCUCUAAAUGUGGUAGUAAAUGCCUUGUUAGCGUAGCAAACACCAUUGGAACCUUUUCCAGAAUAUCUGUUCAAUGCUUACUAGACGAAACCCAUAGCUUUACAUGGUGCACAGGCCCCUUGUGUAAUAGACUACCGGUAUUUCACCUGAUGCUGGCCUCAGGCAUCUUGGCCACAGGGCUAGAAUGGGCUAAGGUUCUUCGACUUCUCAGUGCAUUGAAAAUAAAAUGUUUCACACGUCGUGAAUUUUCAAGAUUGCAAUCGGCGUAUGUUAUACCUGCCGUGUUCAAUGUUUGGGGUGGUGAGAAAAAGAGAUUGUUACAAAAACUAAAAGGACAAACUUGCUGUAUUGCGUCAGAUAUGCGAGUAGAUAGCCCAGGUCACAUCGGGUUGUUUGGUUCCGGGAGUUCUUUGGACGUCGAUAACAAUGUCAUACUUGAUACACAGAUCAUAAAGAGCACUGAAGUCAAGAAUUCCAACGCCAUGGAGCUAGAAUCCAUCAAGCGUCAACUUGCAUACCUCGAAAAUGGUGAUGUUAAAAUUACCAAGCUUGUGACUGACAGACACAUCCAAGUUACAUCUUACAUGGCUAAGGAGAAGCCAGAAAUAGAACAUGUUUAUGAUGUUUGGCAUGUGGCCAAAGGAGAGAAAAAGAGGUUACUUAAACUUGCAAAAAAGAAGAAAUUUUGUGCAAUUAAGCCUUGGAUUGGGUCCAUCAUAAAUCAUUUGUAUUGGGUGGCAAGCUCCAGCAGCACUGAAAUUGAAAAAGAAGAAAAGUGGAAAAGUUUGGCAAAUCACAUUGCUGAUAUUCAUACUCAUGAAGACAACAAGGUGUUUACCAAAUGCUUGCAUGAAGCUACUAAACGGCAAUGGUUAAAAAAAGGUAGUGCAGCUCAUAAGAAACUAACUGAACUUAUUUCAAGACCAAGAUUGAUAAGUGCAGUUAGAAAGUUGUCAAGUCACCAACAAACAUCAGGCUUGGAGGCAAAGCAUUCACUUGAUAAUCUUUUUGCAUCAAAAAAUACAUACUAUCCAUAUCACUCAAUCAUGGCCAGGUUAUUUUGUGCAAAUUUACAUUAUAAUGAAAAUGCUAAUAGACCCCAAGCAACAACACAAAAAGGGGAUAAAAGAUGGUCAGUUGCAUACCCUAAAGCUCACAAAGGAGAAAAAGCUGUGGCCAAACCAAUAAGCGACUGUCCUACCUACAAUUAUGUGCAAGAUGUUCUGACUGAGUGUCUGAGACUUCGCAAAGAUUUCAACACCACAAAAAUAGCAUUGGAGAAUGCAAAAACAUUGCUUCCGAAAGAACCUCCCUCACUUGUGGAAACAUACUUGUGUGGGAAGCAAAGGCAGCCAAAAAAUGAAGUCAUUCUUCGCAGACACAGUAGAUUUACAACGCCUGCUUUGCCCGACGAUAAAAUAAAUGACAAAGUAUGUCUUUGCAAGGAAAAUGUGCUACAAGCCGAUGUUAUUGUAGGAAUAAGAAUCGUCCAUGUACGGAAAGUUGUGGUUGCCAAACCAUGA